AUGGAGGUAGUCAUGUAUGCCGAACGACCUUAUAGGUCGUCAUGUGUUCUCGGUGACCAAACUGGCGAGGCGCCAUAUGUUCGAACUCCAAAACUGUUCGUUUCAAAAGGAGUCCAAAACGUUUUGGAUUUCCUUCAAACGGAUUUCCCUGAAAUGGAUGUCAUCGGCAUAUCGGGAAACUUCUGUUCCGACAAAAAGCCGGCGGCGGUGAAUUGGGUCGAAGGACGAGGCAAAUCUGUCGUCUGCGAGGCCAUCAUUAACGGUGAUGUGGUGAGGAAAGUCUUGAAGACUAGUGUUGAAUCCCUUGUGGAGCUUAACAUGCUUAAGAACCUUACCGGAUCUGCUAUGGCCGGUGCAUUGGGUGGAUUCAAUGCACACGCUAGUAACAUCGUGACUGCAAUCUACAUUGCUACCGGUCAAGAUCCGGCUCAAAACAUUGAGAGCUCUCAUUGCAUCACGAUGAUGGAAGCUGUGAAUGAUGGAAACGACCUUCACACCUCCGCCACAAUGCCUUCCAUCGAGGUCGGCACUGUUGGUGGUGGAACUCAGCUUGCAUCUCAAUCGGCAUGCUUGAAUCUUCUCGGAGUCAAGGGUGGAAACAGAGAGUCACCCGGUGCGAACUCUAGACUCCUUGCUAACAUCGUUGCCGGAGCUGUCCUUGCGGGAGAACUGUCGCUCAUGUCCGCACUGGCAGCUGGGCAACUAGUUAAUAGCCACAUGAAGUACAAUAGGUCAAGUAAGGAUGCUUCCAACACUGCCUUAAACAACUCUUAA